AUGAUCUGCGCCAUGAAAAUCCAUAUCUCCACGGAGCCACACCCCGAGAGAACCAAGUUUCACAAAGAGUAUGACGAAGGAAUAAGCCACCCUACUCCAGCGUGCCGUUACAAACAAUCAGCGUAUGCAGCCACUCGUGCUGGCUUGCAGCCUUCAACUCACAAGGAUGAUCCUGAUAUCGCCCUUGAGAUGGUUCAGUUAAUCCUAAAGCAUACAUUGAAUACAGCUGCCGAGGACUUACAUAAUAUGGCGGCUAUUUAUUUCGCAGACUGGUCCCGCGUCGUGAAAGUUGUUGAGCUAAUCAUCAAUGCUGGUAUGAAUUGGCAGCCACUUGAUAAGAACAUAACAGAUGCCUUUCACCACUUCGUUGCGGCUUAG